AUGAAUUACGAGCGCCUGGCAGCUGAGAUACCUGCUCUCUAUAGGCUAUCGAGGGAAUCCAAAGAGGCCGACCUUCUCAACGGCCUUCUAGGCUGGAUCCGUAACGAUACCUUUGGGAAGGUGGCAGAAGUCUGCGCUCUCUGGGGUGCAAUUGUCCAGGCCAACAAGCACCUUGCUAAAGUUGAUCGUACGCUGCAAUCGCGUACGAUUGAUCAUGAGCAUUUCAAUCUCAAAGAAGUUCUGAAUUCAGAGUUGAAACAAGCCAAGGAGAUGAUGGCUUCCAUCCCUGGUGGCAGACGGGCAACUACAGUCACUACCGAUGAGGACUUUUCUCUGGCUAUUAAGCGACUGAAGUACCUCCGCGAGUACAAAUAG